CCCGCCAAAGCCGCAGCUCGUCACCGCACCAUUGUGGGCCGUUGUGCAGGCAGUCCUUCUUUCGCCUUCGUCGCUCCUCGCGCCCUCGCUCUUUGAGUCUUUGUCUUGUACUUUGCAUGCACUGCGUCGACGCUGAUUCCCGCUGCACGCGCGGCUCCUCCACCACCCCUCCGCGGCGCCCUCACUCCCUCUCGCUCGCCGCCGACGCAUUCAGGACUGGAGCCUCGGGCAAAAUCCCAUGAGAAGAGACGGCCCAGCAUGGCAGCCACAAAAUUAGUAAAGCCUGGGGCGCUGGGAGCGCAGCACACCGCCGGAAUCUACUCGGACAUGACCGUCGACGGGCCUGUGAUUGGCACUCUGGUAGCCAUCAUCGACCGCGCCAAAAACCUGCCGAACCGCCGGUCUAUGGGAAAGCAGGACCCGUACUGCGCUGCUCGCCUGGGGAAGGAAGCAAAGAAGACGACAACAGACCGCCGCGGCGGGCAGACGCCAAGAUGGGACCAAGAACUCCGAUUCACCGUCCACGAUUCGGCCGACUACCACCAGCUCAAGGUGUCCGUGUUCAACGACGAUAAGAAGACGGAGCUGAUCGGGGAGACGUGGGUCAAUCUCGAGGCUGUCAUCAUUCCAGGCGGCGGACAGAGCGACAUCUGGCACGGCUUGAACUGCAGGGGCAAAUACGCCGGAGAGAUCCGCAUUGAGCUCACGUACUACGACACGCGCCCGAAGGAGGAGAAGGCACCGGUAGAGAGGAAACAACCGGCCGCAAGGCCAGGAGGGAGCCCGGCGGUUGGCGGGCCGCGCGAAAGCACGCCUGUUAAGCGGAGGCCGCUGCCUUCGGACCCUACGGGAGCCUCACCUUCGCCAGUUAACACCGCAGAGCAGCGCGGACUGCGGGGGAUCCAGGCAGGUCCGCGUAGUUAUGGCAGUCCUCGCCACGAGCACACCCCGAGCAAGGCGCGAUCAAGCCAGCAAGCAGACACACCGCCUCGUCGACCGUUGCCAGGCGCAUCACCCAUGAACGAGACGCCGCCGCCGAAGCAGCACACCCCUCAGCAGCAACCACCGGCAUCGUGGCCCGCUGAGCACGACGCAUACCACACCCCACCACCGAACCCACACUCGUCCAGCUCCAACAUGCAGCAGUACAACGAGCAUAGCUUCGAUAUGUCAUAUGCUGCCCCUAAGCCCUACGAGGUGAAGCCCAGUGAUGCGCACUCGGGGCAUCGCGCCAUAUCACAGGAUAAUCUCAGAGCAACCCGCCGCCAAUCUUAUAAUCCUCCACCCGAGCUAGCACACUCCUACUCCGCACCGGCAGUUCCACAUGCAUAUGAACAAGAGCCAAUCCAGGACCCAUAUCAUCCAGAUCAGGCGUAUUCAAACCCCCAUACACCUCAGCAGCCUGAUAUGCAUGCGAGGGACGCCGCCCAGGAUCCAUCGUACCACGUCGAGCCUCUACGGUUGAGCAGAAACUCUCGGAGCCAGGAGCCGAUCGCACCCCACGAACAAUUUAAUUCGCCGAAUGGAUACGGCGACGCACAAAGCCCCUAUGGGCAUCAGUAUCCGUCGCACGGACGAAGGGCAAGUGCGAUGCAGCCCACGGUGGAAGACGAAGAUCACGAUCUUCCGCCACCACCCCCAGUGCACCGAAAGGAUGCAAACACUCUGCCGCAACCGCAGCACCAGCCUCAAGAUUACCGUGGUGACGCACCUGCUCCGUUAAACACCUCGCGGUAUAGGGAGGAGCCAAGCCAGUAUGGGUACGACGCGUCGCUGCAAUCUUAUGGAACCAAUGAAUAUCACCAAAUCGUGCCACAAGAGCGUCGGUAUACCCAUCCACGCCCCGUGAGCCGGCCGGUGUCCCGGGAUACUAUGGCGCCUUCCCCGCUCCGCAGCGAGACCGCUAUGAUCCCAGCGAGUCUGGUGCCUGGGCUCGACGCACGGCACAGUAGAGACUUGACUAACUACCAAGCACCACCGCCUUCGUAUGAACAGCCGUCCCGUACGAGGCAGAUGUCGGAGCCGGACCACCGCAAUCCUCCACAGUACGACGGAAGACCCCAUCCGUUGGCUCAUCACCAGUCUGCAAUCGACUCGUCGCAAUACUACCCCCAUGCACCGCCAGAAGAGCCGCGCCGCAGAUCGCCUGUACAUGACAUAACGCCUGUCAGACCUCGCGCUAUCAGCCCUUCGGUCAGUCCCAGCAACGCUCAUAGUCCGGUCAACGAUCGUUCGUCGCGCCUUCCUCAGCGAAGCAUGCCAACCAGGAAGUCGGUAUCGCCCCGCCCGCCUCCUUCGUCUGACGAAAAACAAGAACGUCGGUUAUCAGCCGUGCCUUUUGAUCCAGACAGCUUCGAUGUCUAUAACCCGAACGCGAAGUCUUCCUCGUCAGACCCUGAUCGUCCUGGCAGUAGUAUGGAGAUGAACGACCAGGGGCAGGUAGUCACGUUUAGUGGGCGUGUCAUCGAUGCUUCCGAUCAUCUACCCAUUGACAGCUGGGCGCCAGAACCAGAACGCAAGCCAACAGAAAAAGUGCGACCGGUUCGUUCGCGGGCUGCUCUUAACGGAGCACGAGACAUUGAAGCAGCUGCUCAACGCGAGGAACGUUACCGCAGAGAACGAGCAGACCGGGACCGGAUCCGGGAUGCAGCCAAUGUGACGUUUGGCGCUCCUGCCAACAGCCCCAGCAAUGCCCUCGUGACCUCGCGCCACAACUUCAACGAUCAUAGCUACAACGACCACAUCCACAACGAUUACAACUCACCCGUCAACGCUGGUGCUUUGGUGCUGGCCGACCGUGAUGCAACGCCACCUUCCAGCGGGCGCAACAGGCUGCAGAAACGAGGCAACCGCCCCAUGUCCACUUCGACGUACGACUCUCCGCCAGCGCAUUCACCGAGCCAUAUUCCCAUGCCAAGCACAAAUGUCCUGCGCGAGCGUGAGAACGUCGGUGGCUACGGCAGCAGUCCCGGCUACGGCAGCGGUCGCCAUUCUGGAGCGCCGCCAAUACCCGCGAAGAUCCCGCUGGAGCAUGGUGGCGAGGACAUGGCGCUCAGUCUGGAGCUGCAGAGCAUCGAUAUCGGCCCUGGUAGUGCGGGUCGCAGAACGAGAGGCACCACGAGGAGAAAUUAUGGAUUCUAAGCAUAUCAAGAAGACCGUCGAUCGUGAAAUAAAUGAUUGCUUAAUCCGUAAGUCCCAGUCUCCUACUCACGGAUUCGGCGGCGUUUUUGUAUUAUAUAGACUUUUACGGAAGGAUGGGACGGAUGGGAGGCUUGGAUACUUCACCCUUCAUGGUAAGAUGAGACCCAAGAGUCUGCUUCUUGGCUUUUAGGCAUUUACACAUACCUCUAUGGAUACCACGAUACAUUUCUUAUGCACUCAAUGCAAGCUCUUCUUCCC